UCCACAAGGGUUUCGAAGUGAGGUUGUGUUUACAAUGGGUACAGAUAAAAAUAAUGAAAAUCUCGUGAUUAAAGUCAAUAAGUGGGAUGGUUCUGCAGUAAAGAAUGCACUCGAUGAUGUCGUUAAACAAGUACUUACUAGCAAAUAUAAUUAUAUAGAAAAUUUUUCACUACUGGAUGGACGAUUAGCGCUUUGUGGAAUUACUGUGACACUGGCACUCAUUGCUCUGCUAUGUGAUUACCUUUAUUCAUUUCCAGCAUCUAAACCUGUCUUAGCCACAUGUGUCACAUUAUAUUUUUUUUCAAUGGCACUGUUAACAAUAUAUACAACAUACAAAGAAAAAGGAAUAUUUGUUGUUGCAGUUCAAAGAGAUCCAGCAGGUUUUAAUCCUGACCUUAUUUGGGAGGCAAGCUCGUAUUUAAAAAAAUAUGAUGACAAAUACAAUCUUGUGUUAUCUGUUAGAAAUACAGCUACUGGAAGUGUAAAUGAAGCGAGUAUUACAAAAUCUGUGGCUAAUUUCAUUGAUAUCAAUGGUGUUGUUAUAUCAGAGUUAAUAGAAAAUGCUGUAUCAAGUAUGCAUGAUAGCUUAAGCAAUCAGCGCAAAGAGAAGUAGCAGCAAAAGAUAAUAUUCUUCCACCAACUGAACUUAUCAUUCUCAUUAUGAUUUUUUUUAUGCUUCAUGUAUUCCCCAUUGAUGUAAAUACAAUGUGAGAAUAAAGUCCAGUGGUUUAAAA